GAGGCCGAGAUGGCGUGCCGCCAUGUUUGAUUUUAGAUAGCCCCUCCCCCUCAGCAUCUUCAUGAGGACACUGAGGAUAACGAGCACGACGGUUGUUAGACGGACCUGGACUUUUGGCAGUCUUGACCGAAUAUGGCCUCGCCGAGGACAAUAACCAUCGUCGCUCUUUCUUUUGCACUAGGCCUCUUUUUUGUCUUCAUGGGAACGAUUAAACUUACACCGCGGUUAAGCAAAGAUGCCUACAGUGAAAUGAAAAGGGCAUAUAAGAGUUAUGCAAAGGCUCUGCCAGGCCUGAAGAAGCUGGGCAUUACCUCAGUGCUUCUGCGUAAGAUCAUCGGCACUGUUGAAGUGGCGUGCGGUGUGGUCCUGACACUUGUGCCUGGGAAACCGAAGGAUGUGGCAAACUUCCUGCUGCUGCUGGUCAUGCUUGCUGUGCUCUUCUUUCACCAGCUAGUUGGUGAUCCUCUGAAACGCUAUGCCCAUGCACUGGUGUUUGGCAUCCUACUCACCUGCCGCCUCCUGAUUGCACGCCAGAGUGAUGACCGACCUGAGCAAGAGGAACGACGAGAGGAACAGGUCAAUGCUCAGGAAAAAAACAAAAUCAAAGUUUCUUAGCUUCUCUUUUUCUGACUGAAGGAAAUGCAAAAUGUGGACAUUUCCUGAAUGUCUGAUAUGGUGUGACAAGUAAAAGAGGGUAACCACAAAAGGUGAUUUCCAUUCUUUAUACCCAUACAAGCUGUCCAACUAUACAGUUCUUUUAGCCUUCAAUUUAAAAACCUUGUUCCUAAACACUGACCCUAAGAGUGAAUAAUUGAUUGAUUGCCCUUGUUAACCCCUGCUGUCCUUUUUUUAAACUGGAAUUUAUGUAAUACCACCCUAUGUAAUGCUAAUAUUAUUAUUAGUCUACCAUCAGCUUUAAGGGACUAUUAUUAUUAUUAUUAUUAUUAUUAUUAUUAUUACUCCCAUAGUGACCAUUUUUUCUGACACUAUAGAAAAGACAUAAUGGUUUCUUACAUACAAAGAAUCAGUUAGAAAAAAUGUUCAUUAGAUAAGAGCUAUAAAAAACAUCUUGCAAAUCAUUUUAACUCUGAUGCAAUGCAAAAGAUUUAAGAUUCUGUUUUUUCACAGUAGGCUGUCAGACUUUCCGAGCAUGAUACUCCAGUGGUUGUUAUAUUACAGACGUGCCACAAAUUGCUGAAAAUGAACUGUUUUCUGUGUGUAAAAGAUUUGCUGUUUUGUGUUAGGACAUGAAUUGUUUUUAAUUAUUGAUUCCUUUUUUUUUUUUUUUUUUUUAAUAAAAGACAAUUCCCGUAUUGUUGCUUUCAUGUUUCUUUUACCAGAUUUAGUUUGGUAACUGUUACUUGUAAAAGUUCAAUAAAGAUAUCUUCAUCCUUCAAAUCUGUAUUAACCUUAUUAUAAGAAACUACUGAUCUUUAGUACUAAUCUCAAUUUAAGUAAAAGGGAAAUUAAUCUUAAUUUAAAACUGUGCAAGGAAGGCUUAAAAAUUCAGGAGAAUAAAUGCAUUCAGAAAGUA